AAAGCAUGAGCGAAUAAAUAGGAGAGCUGGUUGCUUGGAAAUCAUUCUCAGUUCAAUCAUGAUCAAGACAAUCUUGCUUUUGGCCUUUGUGGCCUCGACCUCAGCUUUUGUGAUUCCUUUCAAAGUUCAUGCUGCAGUUACCAACAUUACCAAAGGAGGACAAACUCUGGAGCAAACCUCAACCUUCUUCGUUGCUAACUUGACCAUGGGAACACCAGGACAACUUUUCACUGUUGUCAUUGACACUUCGACCGCUGACAUUGUUAUUCCAGAUAUGAGUUGCAAGACCGCAAAUAAUUGCUACAACAAGAGAAGAUUCAACCAAGCAAAGUCGUCGUCUUACUAUGCAUAUGGAAAUAAGUACACGUACAAGAAUAAUCUUGGAACUUUCCAAGGAUUUGAUGCAAAAGACACUGUUGUGAUCGGAGACCGCAAAACUGAUUUGAUCACCAUUCCAGGCGUGAAGUUUAUGCAAGCUACCGACCUCGGACUUUUGAUGGAUGGAUUGGGUGCUGAUGGAAUUUUGGGAUUGGGAUUCACAGCCUCAUCGCAAAUCGGUGGAAACUCACCAUUCGUUCAAGGUGUUAACGCUGGAGACAUUUCGGGCACAUUCUACUCCAUCUGGCUCGAGCACUUCAACCAAACUGAUGAUCUCGGAACCCACGGAGUUAUUUACUACGGAGGAUUUGAUCCAGUGCACUGUGCUCCAAACCCAACAUACGUCCCAUUGGCUUCUGCAUAUGCAUACCAACUCACGAUGUCUUCCUUCAAAGUUGUAGGAUCAUCCGCCACCAACUCCAACAACAAGUACAUUCAAACUUACCUUGACACCACCACCGCCCAAAUUGGACUUCCAAAAACUUACAUUAGCCAGGUGUUUGACUCCCUUGGCAUCAGCACAAACGUUAUGAAUGCUAUCUACCCAACAAUUGUUCCAUGUAACACUAAGAUCACCCUCACUUUUGGAUUUGUUUCUGGUACAACAGUCUCAAUUACGGAAAGAGAUCUUGUUAUUAGCUUCUUCGGAACAUGUAGACUCCAAAUUAUUCCAACCACUGAUAGAAUCAUUCUCGGUCUUCCAUUGUAUCGUGGACGUUGCACAUAUUUCGAUCCAAUCAUGCAAAGAGUCGGGUUCACUCCAGCGCUUCUCCAAGAUUAGUGUUAAUAUUUGAAAGUGGAAUAAAAAUAAAUCAUUAAAUUUAAAAA